GUGAAAAAAUGCAUUAGUGACUGACAUUUGGUUUGAGAUCGUCGAACCAUUAUGAGUGCACACAAAGUACCGCAUAUUUUGAAGCUCUCCGCACAGGAGCAGCAGGAGUUCGUCAACUCCUUCGAUGUAGUAAUGUGUGAUUGUGAUGGUGUUAUGUGGAUGAUUGCGUCACCGCUGCCCCGGACGGGUGAGGCGGUGUGUGCGUUGAAGGUGGAUGGCAAACAAGUGCUCUUCGUGUCCAAUAAUAGUGUGCGCACGGAUGAAGAUUAUGUGAAAAAGUUCAAGGGAAUUGGUGUGAAGGAUUUUCAAGCGAACGACAUUAUGCAUCCAGUUAAGGCCAUGUUGUACUAUAUGAAGAAGCAUAAUAUCAAGCAGCCGGUUUUCUCAUUAUGCAGUGCACCCGGCAAUGAAACGCUACGUGACGGAGGCAUAGAUGUGAGAACUUUGGUACCCAAGGAAGAAAUUACACCCGCUACUUUGGAGAAAAUCACAAGACCAGAAGAAAAAAUGGGCGCUGUUCUGUAUGACAUUAAAUUGGAUUUAUCUUAUGCGCAAAUUGUUGCGGCCACACGUUAUCUAGCAGAUAAAGAUUGUCAGUUUCUGGCGGGAGGUACAGAUUGGCUCUUACCGCUGACAGGAGAAGUGACGGUGCCAGGAUUCUGCGAUUUCCUCGAAACUAUUAAGCGCUUCACACAACGAGAGCCAACAAUUGUUUGCAAACCGGCGCUUUUGCUCGGCGACAUCUUGAAAGACGUCUAUAAAUUGGUCGAUCCCAAACGUUGCUUGUUCAUUGGCGAUUCUCUGACGCACGACAUACGCUUCGCUUUGGGUUGUGGCUUCCAAUCACUGCUCGUAUUGAGCGGCAGCACACCCGUAGAAGAAAUGUGGGAAGCAAAUGCGGAAGAUCAACCUCAUUAUUAUGCCGAUAGCAUAGCCGAUUUUAUAGAAUUAUAUGAUAAUAUUAGUAAAACUGUUUAAAAUUAUAAUGUUAUUUGUUUAUUAUUGCUGGAAAUUUUUUUGGUGACAUACUGCUCAACUGAAUUUAUAGUAUAUAAGUAUAAAGAGGAAAGUUUUACUUUUUUUACUAAAA